UGAAAACUGAUCGAGAACAAGUUGAAGUUUUGUCAAUGUUUUUUAUUAACUUGAAUUUUAUAUGCACACAGAAAAUAACGUUCCAAAAAGAUGGAUAGAUUUUUAAAGCCUCGAGGUAAACCAGAAAAAAACUUGGGUGAUCACAGUAUAACAGAUUGUAAUCACGCCAUAAACGGUCGACCGAUCCAUUACAAACCGAAAAAUGCUUUUGAAGGGAAAAUAACUUAUCAAAAAGUGGGAAAAAUGGGAGUUAAGACAGAAAUUAUUCCUAGCCCGCUUCCUAUCCAGGAACCGGUCAUUUUACCGAACUCGGAGUACCAGAGGCUUAGGAAAGAAGCCAAAGUUUUGACUCCAGCACAAAAGAAGGCUAUAAUCGAUGAGGCCGAAAGACAGAAAGCUCAGAAAUUGUUGGAAAGCCAACAGAGGAAGGAAAAUUUAAAGAAAACUCAUAAAAUCCAAGUAGCUGUUCCUGGAAGUAAAUUGGAAUCUGAAGAAACAGAAGCUGCUAAUAAAAAUUUGUAUCUGAUAAAGAGAUCUCAAGAGCUGCAAACGGAACAAGAAGAUCGAGUCAAGAAAGCAAACACUAUCAUUUUGGCUACAAAAUGUAGAGCCAUACGUAACGCCCAACUGGCUGAAAAGAAGUUAAUAGAGAAACAACUACAAGAAGAGAACAAACGCUUGGACCUGCUGAUGGAACAAACUAGAUUAGAAAAGGUCGAAGCGGAAGAAAGGAGAAGAGAGGAAGCCGAAAUUAGAAGACAAAAAUAUAUAAAGGAAGUCGAGCAACAAGUGAGAGAAAAGGAAAUGAGCGACUUGCUAGAAGCCGAAAAAUUCGAAGAAGAAAGCAGAAUGGUAAAAAAAGCGUUCAUUGCUUUACAAAAAGAAGAUGAACAGAAGGCGAUAGAGAGAACAAAAUUGAAACACAAAUUGAGAGAUGAAUUCUUAAAGACGAGCGAAGAGGCGGAAUACUUUAAAAAAAUAAAAGAGCAAGAAGAUAAAUUUACGGAAAUGAGGAUCAAGGAAUACCAACGACUAAAACAAGAACGUGAUGAGGCCAUGGAAAAAGAAAAUGCCGCUAAAAACGCAGCUUUAGAAAGGGACAAAACCAGGUUCUUAAAAGCACAUGGUAAAGAUGAAGAAUUGAAGGCCAUGAUGGAACAGUUUAGGAACGCAAGAGCUCUAGAAGAGAAAGAAAAAGAGUGGCGCGAGAAAGAGAAAAGAGCCGCAGAGAAACGAAAGGCAAGUAUUGAGGAUUUAAAGAGAACCAGAGCUAAUCAAAUAGAGGAUUCGAGAAAAGCACAAGCUGUGGCACUGUCACGAGAGGAAGAAGAUUUUAUGAAGGUCGCAGCCGCCCAAAGAAAACUCCACGAAGAAUACUUAGCGUGCGAGCAAAAGAGACGGGAAGAUAAAGAGAGACACAGAUUAUUUUUGUUGAAACAGAUCAACGAAAAGGAGAAGGAGAGAAUCGAUUUCCGAAUGGAGAAAUACGAAGAUGGAAAAUUGCAAAGACAAGAAUACGCUCUAAAAGAUAAAAAUAUUGAUGAAUAUUUAGGACACAAGAUUGACAAAUUAAGGGGUUUGAAUAUUCCUGAUAACUAUAUCAAGGACAUCGAAAGACAGAUGAAGGCUAUAAAAACAAAAUAGAACGAUACCACAAAGUAGAAGUUGUUUAUAAAUAUACAAAUUUUAUAUUAUAUGGAUAUUAUAUCAAUAAAUCUUUAUGAAA